UUUAAUAUCACCAAUAUCCUUGUCCACUGUUUCCGUUUUCGACCUCCAUUGCACCACGCCUCAUGAGUAAAGAAUAACCAAAUUUUAUAAAGUGAGACAUUGGAAAGAUUGUUAUAAUGUGAGGUGUUUCUAUCAUCCCGCAGGGCGUCUCGGCAACCAUGAGUAGACACAAGCAGUUCUUGGGUUUGGCUGUGCUGGUUGGUUGGCUGAGUUUACUGUUGCCGGAGCGCGCUUCAUCCUUCUCUGAGGACGCCACGCUGAGACAGACCACCGAUGUUAUUGCCUUGAGUCCUUUCGGGCGUGAGUUUCAGCCUCGAGGAGAGUCAGAGCGAGCAGCGGGAGUGCCGGAAGAUGGCACUGCUCCUCAUACUCUCACACCAGCCAAGGACAGCCUUCACUUUGAUGUCGCCGCAGCUCACCACGUGACAAGAGCUACACCAAAGGAACACUUCUCCCCGGACUCUUUCACGCCCUCACAGCCCGUUUCCUUCAGCAGAUUUUCCUUCAUCCCUUCUCGGCCUCCACUAGGAGCUGACACUUACUUCCGUGAGGACACAGAGGAGCUUGCUAUCUCCCCCGGCAGACAGGUCCCUCGCACCCCGCCAAUACCGCGACCACACCAAAUUGACAGCCGCCGUCCCUUCGUGCAUUACACUGACCGCUAUGAGAAGGAAGAGGAAGAAGGAGAAUAUGUGCCUUCCUACAAUCAGCGGCAACACUUUCCAAACUACGAAGACGGGAGUGUGCAGUAUGAGGAUGACGAACGUGAUCCUCAAUAUGAUGACUACCACGACCCCUACCACAUCAGGGACGAGUACUACGACUCUCCCUCCCUGCCAGACCACCGUUCCCCGCACCACGAAGAGAUUCCCCACCACCAACAACGCUACCCGCCCAUAGACACACGCCAGCCGCUUCAUCGAAUACGCGCCGAGGAGGGAGGAGGAGGCGACGGUUCAUGCAAGACAGUGAACAAGAAUGGCAUGACGUGUGAGGUGUGCAGGGACGAGGAGGGCAGCUACUCGGAGCACUGCUCGCACAGUACGAGAAGCGACCAGGACGAAACCUAUGCCACAGGCCGCCGCCACAGCAAGCGGGACGCCGCGCCCGCCACCUUCACCAAAGGUCCUUCCGGCUACAUCCCCCAGAUCCCCACCGAGAAACUCAGGUCACAGGUGGAUCGCAUUGCAGUGCAGGAAGAGCGGUCCAGCCCCAGCUUGACCACUACCACCGCCGCCGCUGCCAAGAAGGCCCACCACCAUGGCUCAGAAACUGAUCUCACCACCACCACCACCACCACCGCCAUCGUCGGGCCCAAGGAAGCCGAAUCCAGACAGGAGAUGAGCUUCGGAUUCGAUUUUGAUGACCACGAUUUUACUUUCCACGAUGACCACCUCUUCGACCUUGACCAUGAGCCCGACUGGUACAGCCUGACAGAGCAAACCGUGUGUUCGGUUGGCAGCUCUGCCUCACCUCUGCUGUCGGUCAGCCCCGCUGAGACGCAGAUUCAUUAA